CUCAGGGACAUCUUCAUCGUCCUCUCCUCUUCCUCCCAUCAUGCAUCACUCGUCUUUCUUCAACUCCUCACCACCUCCUCUCUCCUCAUCCUCAUUAGCCAGAAACCGUCUCCAGGUAUCCUCCCCUCACCUCCACCCUCAGGUAACCUCACCUCACCCCUCUCACCCUCAGGUAACCUCACCUCACCUCCCUCACCCUCAGGUAACCUCACCUCACCUCUCUCACCCUCAGGUAACCUCACCUCACCUCCCUCACCUCUCUCACCCUCAGGUUACCUCCCUUCACCUCCCUCACCCUCAGGUAACCUCACCUCACCUCCCUCACCUCUCUCACCCUCAGGUUACCUCACCUCACCUCUCUCACCCUCAGGUUACCUCACCUCACCUCCCUCACCCUCAGGUAACCUCACCUCACCUCUCUCACCCUCAGGUAACCUCACCUCACCUCCCUCACCCUCAGGUAACCUCACCUCACCUCUCUCACCCUCAGGUAUCCUCACCUCACCUCCCUCACCCUCAGGUUACCUCCCCUCACCUCCCUCACCCUCAGGUAACCUCACCUCACCUCCCUCACCCUCAGGUAACCUCACCUCACCUCCCUCACAUCUCUCACCCUCAGGUUACCUUACCUCACCUCUCUCACCCUCAGGUAACCUCACCUCACCCCCCUCACCCUCAGGUAACCUCACCUCAACUCUCUCACCCUCAGGUAUCCUCACCUCACCUCUCUCACCCUCAGGUAACCUCACCUCACCUCCCUCACCCUCAGGUAACCUCACCUCACCUCCCUCACAUCUCUCACCCUCAGGUUACCUUACCUCACCUCUCUCACCCUCAGGUAACCUCACCUCAACUCUCUCACCCUCAGGUAUCCUCACCUCACCUCUCUCACCCUCAGGUAACGUCACCUCACCUCCCUCACCCUCAGGUAACCUCACCUCACCUCCCUCACAUCUCUCACCCUCAGGUUACCUCACCUCACCUCUCUCACCCUCAGGUAACCUCACCUCACCUCCCUCACCCUCAGGUAACCUCACCUCACCUCCCUCACCCUCAGGUAACCUCACCUCACCUCCCUCACCCUCAGGUUACCUCACCUCACCUCUCUCACCCUCAGGUUACCUCACCUCACCUCCCUCACCCUCAGCCCACGUUGAUCACCAGAACCAGUUCAGUACUGGUGCGAGUCACUACAGACCGCCUUACAACAGUCACAUAGACCUGGCCGGUGGCAUGUACGGACAGGGGGACACACCUGGUCCAGGUCAUGACACCUGGAGGCCGACUCUGCCCCAGGGAGGAUGGAGCACCAUCGACUUCACCUCGUCAUCAGCUGAAGAUUUCUCCAGCACGCAUUUCUUCCACCACAGUUGCCAUGACAACAGUAGCGCACAGCCCUUCUGUAGCCCCACCACCCCUGGUCUGAGUCCUCAUUACCCACAAACCCCGACCCUGUCCAGCCCCGAUGCACAGGGUCAUCCCGGUAAAGAGAAGCAGACACUCAGACAGGUGGGUGAAGAGCAAACCCUUCACUGGUGUCUGGAUGAGUACGACAGCUACCGUCUGACCUCCGACCCCAGUCAGCCCCGCCCCCUUCAGACCAGCCGACACCUCCUGCACAGCCACAGGGAUCUGAUCCAGGACCAGAAGGGUGUCCUCCACAACCACAGGGAUCUGAUCCAGGACCAGACAGGUGUCCUCCACAACCACAGGGAUCUGAUCCAGGACCAGACAGGUGUUCUCCACAGCCACAGGGACCUGAUCCAGGAGCAGAUGGGCCUCCUCCACACUGCUGCAAACUCAGCCAGCUGUUUCUGUCCACAGGGACGAGGCCAGGACGUGAGCAGCACCGCCCCACCCACAGGCCUCCCUGUAAAACGUCUGAAACCCGAGGACGACUCUGCGCUUCUAAAGUCCAGGUAA